AUGCUCCCCCCCAUCCCAGUACUCGCCGACUACGGCAUCUCCCCACACUACGGCUUCCUCCCCUCCGAACCUCCCCUCGACCUCCUCCCCGAUCCCUACUAUGCAGACUGGGAGUGGAUCGUCGGUCAUCUACAGGCCCUCCUGACCAGCCGACGCAUCCGUGACUCAAUCGACCGGAUGCCGCUACUAUCCACAUCAUACCUAAAUACAGAGCCAGAGUGGAGACGUGCCUAUGUCGUGCUGGGCUUUAUCUUGCAUGCAUACGUGUGGGGGGGGCGGGCUCCAGCAGAGAGAAUUCCUCCCCAACUGACAGUUCCCCUGUUCGCAAUCUGCCAGCACUUGGACCUUCCCCCCGUGGCCACCUUCGCGGGCGUCUGCCUGUGGAACUACAAACCCAUCUUCCCGGAAGAUGCGCAACUCGACCUGUCCAACCUUACCCCGCUGAACACCAUCACCGGGUCCCUCGAUGAGCAAUGGUUCUACAUGGUGUCCGUCGCCAUCGAGGCGCGCGGCGGGCCCGCCGUCCCGCUCAUGUUACAGGCCAUCGCCGCCGCCCGGGCAGGUAACAGCCUCGUCGUGACCGACUGCCUGCAGCAGUUCGCCGAGAUCCUCGACUCCCUCGGCACGACCCUCGAACUCAUGUACGAGCACUGCGAUCCGCACGUGUUCUACCACCGCAUCCGGCCCUAUCUCGCGGGUAGCAAGAACAUGGGCGAUGCAGGACUUCCGCAUGGCCUCCUCUACGACACAGGCGACCUCGAUCCAGAGCCGCAAUACCGCCAGUACGGCGGCGGCAGCAACGCGCAGAGCUCGCUCAUCCAAUUCUUCGACAUCGUGCUCGGCGUAGAGCACCGACCGACCGGCGAAGCGCGACCCGCAUCCUCAGACUCGGAUAACCCCGCGUCGCGAUUAUCCACCAGCGCCCCGCAUCACAGCUUCAUCCACGAGAUGCGCAGCUACAUGCCCGGCCCGCACCGACGCUUCCUCUCGCACGUCAGCGCAGUCGCCAACAUCCGCGAAUACGUCGAAAGCCGCCGCUCCGACAAAGGACUCUGCAUCGCCUACGACGCCAGCCUGUCAAUGCUGCGCGCCCUCCGCGACAAACACAUCCAGAUCGUCGCGCGAUACAUCCUCGUCCCGUCACGAGAGGCACGCACAUCAACCGUCCCUCCCCGCGGGCGCAACCUCGCCAGCGCGCCAGAAGGCAAGCAGAAACCGCUACGCGGGACGGGCGGGACGGCGCUGAUCCCGUUCCUGAAGCAGGCGCGGGACGAGACGGGCGAGCCGGCGAUCGACGCGUGGGCGAAGAGGUUGCUCAGCACGGGGCCGUUGGACGGGCGGUUUGCGGCGCUGAGCAAGGUGGGCGAGAAUCACGAUGGGGGGUUGCAGGUUGUGGGGCUGUCUGGGACAUGGGCGGCUGAUGAUAGUGAGGGGGGGAUAUGUCAUUGGUAG